GCAGGGCUGAGCUGGUGGUGCACGCGGCCUUUGAGCAGGAUAUGGAUGAGUUGGAGCGGGCACUAGAGGCUGCCCUGGAGGUGCACCUCUGGGAGGAGACGGUGGGACCCUGGGGCCACGAGCUGCCCGCAGAACUGCGUGCUCGCCUGGAGCAGUGCCAUGGUGUGAGCAUUGCCCUGCGUGGUGACUGCACCAUCCUCUGUGGCUUUGAGGCCCAGCCCACACGGGCGGCCCGCCACUUAGCUGCCCUGCUGGAUGGCCCCUGGGAUCAGAGUUUGGCUUCUCCGUUGGCAGCCUCAGGCCCCACCUUGCCAGAGCAGAGGCUGAAAGGGCCCUUGGGUAGGCUGGAGUAUCUGGCAGAGAACACCAGGGAGUUCCAGCAGGUGGUACAGGCUUUCUACGACACCCUGGACGCUGCCCACAGCAGGAUCCGCAUCGUCCGGGAGGCCAUGUCCGGCGAGGACUCCGAGGUGCGGACUGUGGCUGAAGAUGGCUCCAACGGAGGCAGUGGCUCUCCCAGCCCUGGGGACACACUGCCCUGGAACCUUGGGAAAACGCAGCGGAGCCGACGAAGUGGAGGUGGCUCUGGGGGCAAUGGCAGUGUCUUGGACCCUGCGGAGCGGGCAGUCAUUCGCAUUGCAGAUGAGCGGGACCGUGUGCAGAAGAAAACCUUCACCAAGUGGGUCAACAAGCACCUCAUCAAGCACUGGAGGGCAGAGGCCCAGCGGCACAUCAGUGACCUGUACGAAGACCUCCGUGAUGGCCACAACCUCAUCUCGCUGCUGGAGGUCCUCUCGGGGGACAGCCUGCUGAGGGAGCGGGACGUAAUCAGGAGCUUGCGCCUGCCCCGAGAGAAGGGGAGGAUGCGCUUCCACAAGCUGCAGAACGUCCAGAUCGCCCUGGACUACCUCCGGCACCGCCAGGUGAAGCUGGUGAACAUCAGAAAUGAUGACAUCGCCGACGGCAACCCCAAGCUGACCCUCGGCCUGAUCUGGACCAUCAUCCUGCAUUUCCAGAUCUCGGACAUCCAGGUGAGCGGGCAGUCUGAGGACAUGACGGCCAAGGAGAAGCUGCUGCUGUGGUCACAGCGCAUGGUGGAGGGCUACCAGGGCCUGCGCUGUGACAACUUCACCUCCAGCUGGCGCGACGGCCGCCUCUUCAACGCCAUCAUCCACCGGCACAAGCCCAUGCUCAUCGACAUGAGCAAGGUGUAUCGUCAGACCAACCUGGAGAAUCUGGACCAGGCUUUCUCUGUGGCAGAGCGGGACCUGGGAGUGACUCGGCUCCUGGACCCCGAGGAUGUGGAUGUCCCUCAGCCCGAUGAGAAGUCCAUCAUCACCUACGUCUCAUCUCUGUACGACGCCAUGCCCCGCGUGCCUGACGCACAGGAUGGGGUGAAGGCCAACGAGCUGCAGCUGCGCUGGCAGGAGUACCGGGAGCUGGUGCUGCUGCUGCUGCAGUGGAUCCGGCACCACACGGCCGCUUUCGAGGAGCGCAAGUUUCCCUCCAGCUUUGAGGAGAUCGAGAUCUUGUGGUGCCAGUUCUUGAAGUUUAAGGAGACGGAGCUUCCAGCCAAGGAGGCAGACAAGAACCGGUCCAAGGGCAUCUACCAGUCCCUGGAGGCGGCGGUGCAGGCAGGCCAGCUCAAGGUGCCUCCCGGCUACCACCCGCUGGACGUGGAGAAGGAGUGGGGCAAGCUGCACGUGGCCAUCCUGGAGCGGGAGAAGCAGCUCCGGAGCGAGUUUGAGAGGCUGGAGUGUCUUCAGCGCAUCGUGAGCAAGUUGCAGAUGGAGGCGGGGCUGUGCGAGGAGCAGCUGAACCAGGCCGACGCCCUGCUGCAGUCGGAUGUCCGGCUGCUGGCGGCAGGCAAGGUGCCACAGCGGGCAGGGGAGGUGGAGCGGGACCUGGACAAUGCAGAUGGCAUGAUCCGGCUGCUGUUCAACGACGUGCAGACCCUGAAGGAUGGACGGCACCCACAGGGCGAGCAGAUGUACCGCAGGGUAUACCGCUUGCACGAACGCCUGGUGGCUAUCCGCACUGAGUACAACCUCCGGCUGAAAGCAGGCGUGGCCGCCCCUGUGACCCAAGUGACCCAGGUGACACUGCAGAGCACGCAGAGGCGCCCAGAGCUGGAGGACUCCACCCUGCGCUACCUGCAGGACCUGCUGGCCUGGGUGGAGGAGAACCAGCGGCGGGUGGACAGCGCCGAAUGGGGCGUGGACCUGCCCAGUGUGGAGGCGCAGCUUGGCAGCCACCGUGGCCUGCACCAGUCCAUUGAGGAAUUCCGGGCCAAGAUCGAGCGGGCGCGGAGUGAUGAGGGCCAGCUCUCCCCCGCCACCCGGGGCACCUACCGUGACUACCUGGGAAGGCUAGACCUGCAGUAUGCCAAGCUACUCAACUCCUCCAAGGCCCGCCUGCGGUGCCUGGACAGCCUACACGGCUUUGUGGCAGCCGCCACCAAGGAGCUCAUGUGGUUGAAUGAGAAGGAAGAGGAGGAGGUGAGCUUUGACUGGAGCGAGCGCAACGCCAACAUGGUCGCUAAGAAGGAGAGCUACUCGGCCCUGAUGCGCGAGCUGGAACUGAGGGAGAAGAAGAUCAAGGAGAUUCAGGACACCGGGGACCGGCUGCUACGGGAGGACCACCCUGCUCGGCGCACAGUGGAGUCCUUCCAGGCGGCCCUGCAGACCCAGUGGAGCUGGAUGCUGCAGCUGUGCUGCUGCAUUGAGGCGCACCUGAAGGAGAACACGGCCUACUUCCAGUUCUUCUCAGACGUGCGGGAGGCCGAGGAGCAGCUGCAGAAGCUGCAGGAGACACUGCGCAGGAAGUACAGCUGUGACCGCUCCAUCACCGUCACCCGGCUUGAGGACCUGCUGCAGGAUGCCCAGGAUGAGAAGGAGCAGCUGAAUGAGUACAAGGGGCACCUGUCGGGCCUGGCCAAGCGGGCCAAGGCCAUCGUGCAGCUGAAGCCCCGCAACCCAGCCUACCCUGUACGGGGCCGCGUGCCCCUCCUGGCCGUGUGUGACUACAAGCAGGUGGAGGUGACCGUGCACAAGGGUGACGAGUGCCACCUGCUGGGCCCUGCGCAGCCAUCCCACUGGAAGGUGCUCAGCAGCUCCGGCAGCGAGGCUGCCGUGCCCUCCGUGUGCUUCCUCGUGCCCCCACCCAACCAGGAGGCCCAGGAGGCCAUUGCCAGGCUGGAGGCCCAGCACCAGGCCCUGGUCACACUUUGGCACCAGCUGCAUGUGGACAUGAAGAGCCUCCUGGCAUGGCAGAGUCUCAGCCGUGACGUGCAGCUCAUCCGCUCCUGGUCCCUGGUCACGUUUCGCACACUGAAGCCCGAGGAGCAGCGCCAAGCCCUGCGCAGCCUGGAGCUGCACUACCAGGCCUUCCUGCGGGACAGCCAGGAUGCCAGUGGCUUUGGGCCUGAGGACCGGCUCACAGCUGAGCGCGAGUACAGCUCCUGCAGCCACCACUACCAGCAGCUGCUGCAGAGCCUGGAGCAGGGCGAGCAGGAGGAGUCUCGCUGCCAGCGCUGCAUCUCAGAGCUCAGAGACAUCCGGCUGCAACUGGAGGCCUGCGAAACUCGCACUGUGCACCGCCUGCGGCUGCCACUGGAUAAAGAACCUGCACGGGAGUGUGCCCAGCGCAUCGCCGAGCAGCAGAAAGCACAGGCUGAAGUGGAGGGGCUGGGCAAGGGGGUCUCCCGGCUCUCUGCUGAGGCUGAGAAGGUCCUGGCCCUACCCGAGCCAUCACCUACUGCCCCCACUCUGCGCUCGGAGCUGGAGCUGACGCUUGGCAAGCUGGAGCAGGUCCGCAGCCUGUCUGCCAUCUACCUGGAGAAGCUCAAGACCAUCAGUCUGGUGAUCCGCAGCACUCAAGGGGCUGAGGAGGUGCUCAAGGCCCAUGAGGAGCAGCUCAAGGAGGCCCAGGCUGUGCCUGCCACCCUUCAGGAGCUUGAGGCCACCAAGGCUUCACUGAAGAAGCUGCGGGCCCAGGCGGAGGCACAGCAGCCAGUGUUCAACGCUUUGCGGGAUGAGCUGCGGGGGGCGCAGGAGGUGGGCGAGCGGCUACAGCAGCGGCACGGAGAGCGGGACGUGGAGGUGGAACGCUGGCGCGAGCGGGUCACCCAGCUGCUAGAGCGGUGGCAGGCCGUGCUGGCUCAGACAGACGUGCGGCAGCGUGAGCUGCAGCAGCUGGGCCGCCAGCUGCGCUACUACCGCGAGAGCGCAGACCCACUGGGGGCCUGGCUGCAGGACGCCAAGCGGCGGCAGGAGCAGAUCCAGGCCGUGCCAUUGGCCAACAGCCGGGCCGUGCGGGAGCAGCUACGGCAGGAGAAGGCCCUGCUGGAGGAAAUUGAGUGCCACGGAGAGAAAGUCGGGGAGUGCCAGGAGUUUGCCAAGCAGUACAUUAAUGCCAUCAAGGACUAUGAGCUCCAACUGGUCACGUACAAGGCGCAGCUUGAGCCAGUGGCCUCCCCGGCCAAGAAGCCCAAGGUCCAAUCUGGAUCAGAGAGCGUCAUCCAGGAGUAUGUGGACCUGCGCACCCGCUACAGUGAGCUGACCACACUCACGAGCCAGUACAUCAAGUUCAUCAGCGAGACUCUGCGGCGCAUGGAGGAGGAGGAGGUACGGUCAGGUCGGGCUGGGGGCCGGGUAGGGGCGGUGGGCUGUCUUGCUGCCUGCCCUGCCCAGCACAGCACAGCCCAAAGAGGGGAGGACGCCUGGGCCUCCUUCCCCAGGCUGGUGAGCACGGUGGGGCUGCUGCGCUCGCUGCCCGGGUGCCCUGGGCGGAGGCUGGCCGAGCAGCAGCGGGCAGAGGAGCGGGAGCGGCUGGCGGAGGUGGAGGCUGCACUGGAGAAGCAGCGGCAGCUGGCCGAGGCGCACGCCCAGGCCAAGGCGCAGGCAGAGCGGGAGGCGCAGGAGCUGCAGNUUGCCGAGGAGGCGGAGGAGGCACGGCAGCAGGCCGAGCGUGAGGCGGCGCAGUCCCGGCAGCGGGUGGAAGAGGCCGAGCGGCUGAAACAGUCGGCGGAGGAGCAGGCGCAGGCCCAGGCGCAGGCCCAGGCUGCUGCAGAGAAGCUGCGCAAGGAAGCUGAGCAGGAGGCCGCACGGCGGGCGCAGGCAGAGCAAGCGGCUUUGCGCCAGAAGCAGGCAGCGGACGCCGAGAUGGAGAAACACAAGAAAUUCGCCGAGCAGACGCUGCGGCAGAAGGCACAGGUGGAGCAGGAGCUGACCACGCUGCGGCUGCAGCUGGAGGAGACUGACCAUCAGAAGAGCAUUCUGGACGAGGAGCUGCAGCGGCUGAAGGCAGAGGUGACAGAGGCAGCCCGCCAGCGCAGCCAGGUGGAGGAGGAACUCUUCUCUGUGCGCGUGCAGAUGGAGGAGCUGAGCAAGCUCAAGGCGCGCAUUGAGGCUGAGAACCGCGCGCUCAUCUUGCGUGACAAGGACAACACGCAGCGCUUCCUGCAGGAGGAGGCCGAGAAGAUGAAGCAGGUGGCGGAGGAGGCUGCGCGGCUGAGUGUGGCGGCCCAGGAGGCCGCACGGCUGCGGCAGUUGGCAGAGGAGGAUGUGGCGCAGCAGCGGACCCUGGCUGAGAAGAUGCUCAAGGAAAAGAUGCAGGCAGUGCAAGAGGCCACGCGGCUCAAAGCUGAGGCCGAGCUGCUGCUGCAGCAGAAGGAGCUUGCACAGGAGCAGGCCCGGCGGCUUCAGGAGGACAAGGACCAGAUGGCACAGCAGCUGGCACAGGAGACGCAGGGUUUCCAGCGCACUCUGGAAGUGGAGCGGCAGCGGCAGCUGGAGAUGAGCGCGGAGGCUGAGCGCCUCAAGCUGCGUGUGGCUGAGAUGAGCCGGGCCCAGGCCCGUGCUGAGGAGGAUGCCCAGCGCUUCCGGAGGCAGGCCGAAGAGAUUGGCGAGAAGCUGCAUCGCACUGAGCUCGCCACGCAGGAGAAGGUGACACUAGUGCAGACACUUGAGAUCCAGCGGCAGCAGAGCGACCAAGAUGCCAUGAGGCUGCGGGAGGCCAUUGCCGAGCUGGAGCGUGAGAAGGAGAAGCUCAAGCAGGAGGCCAAGUUGCUACAGCUCAAGUCCGAGGAGAUGCAGAUGGUGAAGCAGGAGCAGCUGUUGCAGGAGACACAGGCCCUGCAGCAGAGCUUCCUCUCCGAAAAGGACAGCCUGCUGCAGCGGGAGCGCUUCAUCGAGCAGGAAAAGGCCAAGCUGGAGCAGCUCUUCCAGGAUGAGGUGGCCAAGGCACAGAAGCUGCGUGAGGAGCAGCAGCGGCAGCAGCAGCAGCUGGAGCAGGAGAAGCAGCAGCUGGUGGCCAGCAUGGAGGAGGCACGGCGGCGGCAACAUGAAGCCGAGGAGGGCGUGCGGCGCAAGCAGGAGGAGCUGCAGCAUUUGGAAGAGCAGCGGCGGCAGCAGGAGAAGCUGCUGGCCGAGGAGAACCAGCGGCUGCGGGAGCGGCUGCAGCGCCUGGAAGAAGAACACCAGGCCGCACUCGCCCACUCGGAGGAAAUUGUCACUUUGCAGGGUGCUGCCACGAAGGCAUUGCCCAACGGCCAGGAGGCACCUGACGGCCCGGUGGCAGAGGUGCAGCCCGAGAAUGCCUUCGAUGGCAUGCGGUGGAAGGUUUCAGCCCAGCAGCUGCAGGAGGCAGGCAUCCUGAGCACAGAGGAACUGCAUCGUCUGGCUCAGGGUCACACCACAGUGGCUGAGCUAGCGCGGCAGGAGGAUGUGCGCCGGUAUCUGCAGGGCCACAGUAGUAUUGCGGGGCUGCUGCUGAAGCCUACCAAUGAGAAGCUAAGCAUCUAUGCAGCCCUGCAGAGACAGCUACUGAGCCCUGGCACAGCUCUCAUUCUGCUGGAGGCCCAGGCGGCCUCAGGCUUCCUGCUGGACCCUGUGCGGAACCGGCGAUUGACCGUCAACGAGGCUGUGAAGGAGGGCGUUGUGGGUCCUGAGCUGCAUCAUAAGCUGCUGUCGGCUGAGCGUGCUGUCACUGGCUACAAGGACCCCUACACCGGGGAGCAGAUCUCCCUCUUCCAGGCCAUGCAGAAGGAUCUCAUAGUCCGGGACCACGGCAUCCGCCUGCUGGAGGCCCAGAUCGCCACCGGCGGUAUCAUCGAUCCCGUGCACAGCCAUCGCGUGCCUCUGGAGGUGGCCUACCAGCGCGGCUACUUCAACGAGGACAUGAACCGCAUCCUGGCAGACCCCAGCGACGACACCAAGGGCUUCUUCGACCCCAACACGCACGAGAACCUCACCUACCUGCAGUUGUUGGAGCGCUGUGUGGAGGACCCGGAGACUGGCCUGCGCCUCCUGCCACUCACAGAUAAGGCUGCCAAGGGCGGUGAGCUGGUCUACACUGACUCGGAGGCUCGGGACGUCUUUGAGAAGGCCACCGUGUCUGCACCAUUUGGCAAGUUUCAAGGCAAGACGGUGACCAUCUGGGAGAUCAUCAACUCAGAAUACUUCACGGCCGAGCAGCGGCGGGACCUGCUGCGGCAGUUCCGCACAGGCCGGAUCACGGUGGAGAAGAUCAUUAAGGUCGUCAUCACUGUGGUGGAGGCGCGCGAGCGCGAGGGCCAGCUCUGUUUUGAGGGCCUGCGCACCCUGGUACCUGCUGCUGAGCUGCUGGAGAGCAAGGUCAUAGACCGCGACCUCUACCGCCAGCUGCAGCGGGGUGAGUGCUCCGUGCAAGAGGUGGCCGAGGUGGACACUGUGCGGCGGGCCCUGCGGGGCGCCAAUGUCAUCGCAGGCGUAUGGCUAGAAGAGGCAGGGCAGAAGCUGAGUAUCUACGAGGCCCUGAAGAGGGACCUCCUACAACCAAAUGUGGCUGUGGCUCUGCUGGAGGCUCAGGCCGGCACUGGGCACAUCAUAGAUCCUGCCACUAGCGCCCGGUUGACUGUGGAUGAGGCAGUGCGUGCUGGCCUGGUGGGCCCUGAGCUGCAUGAGAAGCUGCUUUCGGCCGAGAAGGCUGUGACAGGCUACAGGGACCCCUACUCAGGGCAGAGUAUCUCCCUGUUCCAAGCCCUGAAGAAGGGCCUCAUCCCUCAGGAGCAGGGCCUGCGCCUGCUGGACGCCCAGCUGUCCACAGGUGGCAUUGUGGACCACAGCAAGAGCCACCGUGUGCCCCUGGAUGUUGCCUAUGCCCGGGGAUAUCUGGAUGAGGAAACCAGCAGGGCCCUGUCAGCACCCAGGGACGAUGCCAAGGCCUACUGCGACCCCACCUCACAGGAGCCAGUAACCUAUGGUCAGCUACAGCAGAGGUGCCGGCCUGACCAGCUGACGGGGCUGACUUUGCUGCCAGUCUCAGAGAAGGCCGCCCGGGCCCGGCAGGAGGAGCUCUACUCUGAGCGCCAGGCCCACGAGACGUUCGAGAAGGCCACCGUUGAGGUCCCUGUGGGCAACUUCAAGGGCAGGACGCUGACAGUGUGGGAGCUUAUAAGCUCGGAGUACUUCACGGAGGAGCAGCGGCGGGAGUUCUUACGCCAGUUCCGCACAGGCAAGGUCACCGUGGAGAAAGUCAUAAAGAUCCUCAUCACCAUCAUCGAGGACGUGGAGACCCGGCGGCAGGAGAGGCUGUCCUUCACUGGCCUUCGCACCACUGUGCCGGCCAGAGAGCUUCUGGACUCAGGGGUCCUCAGCGAAGCCCAGUUUCAGGAGCUCCAGGAUGGUAAGACAUCGGUGAAGGACCUCUCAGAGGUGGCCUCUGUGCGGACGCUGUUGCAGGGCAGUGGCUGCCUCGCCGGCAUCUACCUGGAGGACUCCAAGGAGAAGGUGACCAUCUAUGAAGCCAUGCGCCGAGGCCUGCUCAGGCCCAGCACAGCCACGCUCCUGCUUGAGGCUCAGGCAGCCACUGGCUUUCUGGUAGACCCCGUGCGGAAUCAGCGCCUGUAUGUCCAUGAGGCUGUAAAGGCUGGUGUCGUGGGCCCUGAGCUGCACGAAAAGCUGCUGUCAGCUGAGAAGGCCGUCACUGGCUACAAGGAUCCCUACUCAGGCUCCACCAUCUCCCUCUUCCAGGCCAUGAAGAAGGGCCUGGUCCUCAGGGAGCACGGCAUCCGCCUGCUGGAGGCCCAGAUCGCCACCGGCGGCAUCAUCGACCCCGUGCACAGCCACCGCGUGCCCGUGGACGUGGCCUACCAGCGCGUCUUUGACCCCAACACACACGAGAACCUCACCUACCUGCAGCUGCUGGAGCGCUGUGUGGAGGACCCGGAGACGGGCCUGCGCCUCCUGCCACUAAAAGGGGCAGAGAAGGUUGAGGUGGUGGAGACCACGCAGGUGUACACUGAAGAGGAGACCCGGCGCGCAUUCGAGGAGACGCAGAUCGAUAUUCCUGGCAGUGGUGGCCACGGUGGCUCCACCAUGUCCCUGUGGGAGGUGAUGCAAUCUGACCUAAUUCCUGAGGAACAGCGGACCCGGCUGAUGGCCGACUUCCAGGCUGGCCGGGUGACCAAGGAGCGCAUGAUCAUCAUCAUCAUCGAGAUCAUUGAAAAGACCGAGAUCAUCCGCCAGCAGAACCUGGCGUCCUACGACUACGUGCGCCGCCGCCUCACUGCCGAGGACCUGUACCAUGCCCGGGUCAUCUCCCUUGAGUCCUACAACAUGCUCAGGGAGGGCACCAAGAGCCUCCGCGAGGUCCUCGAGGCAGAGUCCGCCUGGCGCUACCUCUAUGGCACAGGCUGCGUGGCCGGUGUCUACCUGUGUAGCUCUGGGCAGACGUUGACCAUCUACCAGGCUUUCAAGAACGGGCAGCUGAGUGCCGAGGUGGCCCGCUUGCUACUGGAGGCACAGGCGGCCACAGGUUUCCUGCUGGACCCGGUGAAGGGCGAGCGGCUGACUGUGGACGAGGCUGUGCGGAAGGGCCUGGUUGGCCCUGAGCUGCAUGACCGGCUGCUCUCGGCCGAGCGGGCUGUCACCGGCUACCGUGACCCCUACACCGAGCAGACCAUCUCACUCUUCCAGGCCAUGAAGAAGGAGCUCAUCCCUGCCGAGGAGGCCCUGCGGCUGCUGGAUGCCCAGCUGGCCACAGGCGGCAUCAUAGAUCCCCACCUGGGCUUCCACCUCCCGCUGGAGGUGGCCUACCAGCGCGGCCACCUCAACAAGGACACGCAUGACAAGCUCUCAGAGCCCAGCGAGGUGCGCAGCUAUGUGGACCCUUCCACAGAGGAGCGCCUCAGCUACACGCAGCUGCUCAAACGGUGCCACCGUGAUGAGAACAGCGGCCAGCUGCUCCUGAAACUCUCUGGUGCCCACCAGGUGACCUUCCCUGGCCUGCGCAAGCAGAUCACCCUGGAGGAGCUGGUGCGCUCGCAGGUCAUGGAUGAGGCCACGGCGCUGCAGCUGCAGGCGGGCCUGACCUCCAUCGAGGAGGUCACCAAGAGCCUGAAGAAGUUCCUUGAGGGCACCAGCUGCAUUGCCGGCGUCUUUGUGGACACCACCAAGGAGCGGCUGUCUGUGUACCAGGCCAUGAAGAAGGGCAUUAUCCGCCCCGGCACGGCCUUUGAGCUCCUGGAGGCACAGGCAGCCACCGGCUAUGUCAUCGACCCCAUUAAGGGGCUCAAGCUGACCGUGGAGGAGGCCGUGCGCAUGGGCAUCGUGGGCCCCGAGUUCAAGGACAAGUUGCUGUCAGCUGAACGUGCCGUCACAGGCUACAAGGACCCCUACUCUGGGAAGCUGAUCUCCCUCUUCCAGGCCAUGAAGAAGGGCCUGAUCCUGAAAGACCAUGGCAUCCGCCUGCUGGAGGCCCAGAUUGCCACGGGUGGCAUCAUAGACCCCGAGGAGAGCCACCGCUUGCCUGUGGAGGUGGCCUACAAGCGUGGCCUCUUUGACGAGGAGAUGAAUGAGAUCCUGACGGACCCCUCCGAUGACACCAAGGGCUUCUUCGACCCCAACACAGAGGAGAACCUCACCUACCUGCAGCUGAUGGAGCGCUGCAUCACUGACCCCCAGACGGGCUUGUGCCUCCUGCCGCUGAAGGAGAGGAAGCGGGAGCGGAAGACGUCCUCCAAGUCCUCGGUGCGCAAGCGCCGCGUGGUGAUCGUGGACCCUGAGACGGGCAAAGAGAUGUCGGUGUACGAGGCCUACCGCAAAGGCCUCAUUGACCACCAGACAUACCUGGAGCUGUCCGAGCAGGAGUGCGAGUGGGAGGAGAUCACCAUCUCCUCCUCGGAUGGCGUGGUCAAGUCCAUGAUCAUUGACCGCCGUUCUGGCCGCCAGUACGACAUCGAUGACGCCAUUGCCAAGAACCUCAUCGACCGCUCGGCACUGGACCAGUACCGCGCCGGCACGCUCUCCAUCACCGAGUUUGCCGACAUGCUCUCGGGCAAUGCCAGCGGCUUCCGCUCCCGCUCCUCAUCGGUGGGCUCCUCUUCCUCCUACCCCAUCAGUCCUGCCGUCUCUAGGACCCAGCUGGCCCCCUGGUCUGACCCCACUGAGGAGACAGGCCCCGUGGCCGGCAUCCUGGACACGGAGACGCUGGAGAAGGUGUCCAUCACAGAGGCCAUGCACCGCAACCUGGUCGACAACAUCACUGGGCAGCGGCUGCUGGAGGCACAGGCCUGCACUGGGGGCAUCAUCGACCCCAGCACUGGCGAGCGCUUCCCCGUCACGGAUGCCGUCAACAAGGGCCUGGUGGACAAGAUCAUGGUGGACCGCAUCAACCUGGCCCAGAAGGCCUUCUGCGGCUUCGAGGACCCACGCACCAAGACCAAGAUGUCGGCCGCCCAGGCCCUGAAGAAGGGCUGGCUGUACUACGAGGCCGGCCAGCGCUUCCUGGAGGUGCAGUACCUGACGGGAGGCUUGAUUGAGCCCGACAUGAAGCGCCGUUUGCCCCUGGAGGAGGCCCUGCAGCGUGGCACCGUGGACACCCGCACCGCCCAGAAGCUGCGCGACGUCGGCGCCUACUCCAAGUACCUCACCUGCCCCAAGACCAAGCUCAAGAUCUCGUACAAGGACGCACUGGACCGCAGCAUGGUGGAGGAGGGCACGGGCCUGCGGCUGCUGGAGGCCGCUGCCCAGUCCAGCAAGGGCUACUACAGCCCCUACAGCGUCAGCGGCUCCGGCUCCGCCGCCGGCUCGCGCACGGGCUCGCGCACAGGCUCCCGGGCUGGCUCCCGCCGCGGCAGCUUCGAUGCCACUGGCUCCAGCUUCUCCAUGACUUUCUCUUCCUCCUCCUACUCCUCCUCGGGCUAUGGCCGCCGCUACGCCUCGGGGCCCUCAGCCUCCCUGGGGGGCCCUGAGUCUGCAGUGGCCUGACCCCCUGCCUGCACCUGCCCUCCCGCUCUGCAUGUGGCCAGGCUCCCCGCCGAGGCGCUGGGGUCUUUCUUUAAUGUUUGAAGGUGUCUUCCUCCCAAGUGGUGCCUAAAGUUUAACCAAAAAAAACCAGACUAAUAUAGUAAUAUAUAUCUGCUGUCCAGACAGCCUGGGCGCGGGGGUGGCCAAGCCCCACUGGCCGCCUCACCUCCAUCGGGUAUCCGCACUCCCUUCUACCUGCCACUCGCCACAGCCAGGUGCCUUGCAGGGUCCAGAGCCAGGCCCCCAGCCUCCUCCUGUCUCCCCAGAGAGGGUUCCUUCCGGACAAGGCACCCAGCCCCGUAAGCCACCCACCAGUCCUGGCUGCUGAGGGCAGCUGGAGCCAGUCCCAUCAGUGGAGGGCCCUCAGCCCUCUCGGGGCCUCGACUCCUAGGCCAGCAUCCUCUCCCCAGCGUGUUUCCAGGACUGGCCUGCUCACUCAGUGGGUCUUGCUGGGGAGGGAGGGGGUCCCGGGUCAGAUGCCUCUUGCAGCCUGCCCAGAGAAUCCCCUUCCCCAUGGGAAGAUGAGGGUCCAGUCUUCAGAGCUAGGUGUUUGGGCUCCAGCCUCCUGCCGGUUCCUGCAGCUGCGUCUGAGCUCUGCUUCGUGGCUCACCCCACACCCCGACACUCACUCCCAAGACCCCAGGCCUCAGGCUUCAGCCUCUCAGCCUCAGCUCCCUAGUAAGUGCCUUCUGUGUUCUCCCUCCUACCCCAGGCGCCGAGGACCCAGGCCCGGGGUGGGAGACAGACGCUCCCAGGUGGGUGUGGCCGGGGGUCCUGCAGAUGUGCCCUCCCUGUGGGCCCAGGGGCCCUCGAGCCUGUGGAGCCCCACCCUGGGGUGCUGCCUGCCAUUUUUUCCCAGGGAGCCCCAGUUCCCAGAUCAGUCUCAGCCCCUCUUUGGCCCAGGGAGGCCAGCUGGGCAGUGUGUGGUGACGAGGCACCCCAGCCCAGUGCCACCCACCCUCCUGUUCCCUCAGCCCCUGGCCUUGGUGGCCCUCACCCCUCCCUCCUCCCUUAGACUGAGCUUUGCAUGUUCCACUAACCCAGGCAGGCGGUAGGUGGAGGUGCCAGGCUGCCGGCCGCCUCUGUGAGGGCAGAACACUAACCUGACCAUGGGCGGGGGCCCUGCGGUGUCCGCCCCCAAUAAAAGCAAUUCCAACCUU